AUGGCGGCGGCGGCGGCGGCGGCUUCCGUGCGGCCUGUUCUCCGGGCAUCUCCGGGUCGGCAUUGUGGCGCCUGCCUUGCCCGCUCGGCCUCCUCCUUCUCCGCCUCGCGGGCGCGACAGGCUUUCCUCCGGUUCUUCCAGGAGAGGCAUGGGCAUCGAGUGGUGCCUUCGGCCCCGGUGCGACCGCGGGGAGACCCCAGUCUGCACUUCGUCAACGCGGGCAUGAACCAGUUCAAACCCAUUUUCCUGGGCACAGCAGACCCCCGGAGUGAACUGACGCGUUAUCGGCGGGUAGUGAACAGCCAGAAGUGUGUACGCGCAGGCGGGAAGCACAAUGAUCUGGAAGAUGUGGGCCGAGAUGUUUAUCAUCACACGUUCUUUGAAAUGCUGGGGAACUGGUCCUUUGGAGAUUAUUUCAAAGAGGAAGCAUGCAGCAUGGCAUGGGAGCUCCUCACUCAGGUCUAUGAGAUUCCAAAGGACCGUCUCUACGUUACCUAUUUUGGAGGUGAUGCAAAACUUGGGCUAACUGCAGAUGAAGAGUGCCGAGAAAUAUGGCUUAGUCUGGGCGUGCCUCACCACCAUGUGCUUCCUUUUCCAUUAAAAGACAACUUCUGGGAGAUGGGGGAUACCGGUCCCUGUGGGCCCUGCACUGAGAUUCAUUAUGAUCACGUGGGUGGUGGCAGGAAUGUGGCAGCCCUGGUGAAUCGAGGCAACCCUGACGUGGUGGAGAUCUGGAACCUGGUUUUCAUGCAGUUCAACAGAGAAGCUGACGGAAGUCUGCGUCAGCUGCCCCAGCGUCACGUGGACACAGGAAUGGGCUUGGAAAGGCUGUUGACGGUUCUGCAGAGCAAGCACUCCAAUUAUGACACAGACCUCUUCACCCCUCUCCUGGACGCCAUCCACAAGGGUUGUGGCAAGCCCCGAUACCAGGGUUUGGUUGGGGAGGCAGACCCUGGAGGUGUGGAUACGGCCUACAGAGUGGUGGCAGACCAUGUCCGCGCCCUGUCUGUCUGCAUUGCCGAUGGUGUUUAUCCAGGCAUGUCUGGUGCCGAGCUUGUUCUGCGCCGUAUCUUGCGUCGGGCUGUGCGGUUUUGCUCCGAAGUCCUCCAGGCUCCACCUGGGUUCCUGGCCAGCUUGGUUCCUGUUGUGGUUGAGAUUCUGGGAGAUGCCUAUCCAAACCUGAAGAGGGAAACGGACAUGGUUAUAAAUACAAUCAAUGAGAAUGAGAAUGCAUUUCUGUCCUGCCUCUUGCAAGGGCGUCGCGUUAUAAACAGAACACUCCAGCAAAUGGAUCACUGCAAAGUCUUCCCAGUGGAAGUCGCUUGGGGUCUUUACAGAAACUUGGGAUUCCCGCUGGACCUUAUUGGCUUGAUGCUUGAAGAAAAGGGGGUCCAGUUGGACGCUGCUGCUUUGGACCGGCUGGCUCAGGAGGAUACUGAACGCAAAGCUCCAAAACAGCAGGAGGAGAGCUCAGCGAUGCAGCUGGAUGUGCAUUCGCUGGCUAAACUGCAGCAUGAUGGUGUACCUCUUACUGAUGACUCUCCCGUGUUUGCCUAUGAACUUGGGCCAGAUGGGAAAUAUGUCUUCAGUCCAUGCCAAGCCACUGUUCUAGCACUGCAUAAAGAUGGGUCUCUCCAGAAGGAAGUUGGUGGGGGACAGCGCUGUGGUGUCCUCCUGGACAGGACCUGCUUCUAUGCCGAGAAGGGUGGCCAAGCAUCUGAUCAAGGCUACAUGGUGCAUCAUGAACAGCAGGAUGUGCUUUUCCCAGUGGUGUCUGCACAGGUUUCUGGUGGCUAUGUGCUCCAUGAAGUGAUCGUUCCGGAGACCUUGAAGGCUGGGGACCAAGUACAGCUCUUUGUAGAUGAGGCUCAGCGGCUGGCUUGCAUGGUGAAUCACACUGCCACCCAUCUGCUGAACUUUGCACUUCGCCAGGUCUUGGGAGACGGCAUAGAACAGCGGGGGUCCCAAGUGACAGCUGAGCGGCUACGGUUCGAUGUCAGCACCAAGGCCCCUGUAAAGACUGAACAGUUGCAAGAAAUAGAAGAUGUGAUACAAGAAAUAAUCAAACGGAAUGAGCUGGUCUACACAGCUGAAGUCCCCCUCCAGCUGACGAAUGGUGUGCAGGGACUCCGGAAACUAGAUGAGGUGUACCCUGAUCUGGCACGGGUGGUGUCUGUGGGGGUCCCAGUGGAAAGCGUAUUGGCUCCAGAGUCUCAGGAUGCCUUUCAUGCUUCUGUGGAGCUCUGCUGUGGAACGCACCUUCGGCAUACAGGAGCCAUAGAGGACCUUGCUAUCAUCUAUGAGCGGCAGCUAGUCAAAGGGAUCAGCCAUGUCAUUGCAGUGACUGGAGAGCAAGCCAGGCAGGCCCGGGAAGCUGGCCGGUUUUCGGCAGAAGAAGUGGACUCCCUCUCCGUCCGGGUGAAACAGGGAGGGGCCUCUCUAGACGGUGCGCAGAGACUCUCCAGGGAGGUGGGCCUUCUGAUUGAUACGGUGGAGAAUACUGCAAUGCCGCAGGGGCUGAAAAGGGAGCUGCACGCCACUCUCAAAACUCUGCAGCGAGUAGCCAAUUCUGCCAUUAGAAAACGGGAAACCAAACUGGCUGCAGAGAAGGUGCCCGACCUGGUGGCAAAGCAUUCCAACCAGCCAGUCAUAAUCGAUACCAUCCCUGUUGAGUCACCCUCGAUCCUGAUGAAAGUGGUCAACCAGCUGUGUGACAAAAUCCCAGGCGCCUCAGUCAUGUUGUUAAGCCCACAAGCUUCUGGCCAGGUUUUCUGUGCUUGCCAGGUACCGAAGAGUUUGUUGCCGGUGUUUUCUGCCGCUGAUUGGGCCCUGGCUGUCUGCACUCUAAUGGGAGGCAAGGCAGGCGGUUCUGGAGUUGUCGCCAGGGGCUCUGGGAGCACCGACAACUUGCAGCUGGUCCUAACUGCAGCUCUGGAAUACGCAAGGAACAAACUCUGAAGUCUGCCUGGGUGGCCAAAGGAGCGCA